AUGGGCUUCUUCGAACGAAUUUUCUGUGUUUUGCUUUUUUUGAGUGGCUCAUUUGGACAGCAGGUAAUUUUUUGGCUUCAAAGAGGAUUAGGGAUCACUUUUUUAUUAAUUUUAAUAAAAUCUCUUUUUGUUCAAGUUUCAGUCGGACUUAUAGAAUAGCCGAGGAGUGAAAUAUGUAUUUUUUUAACUUUUUCAAUUAGGAAAUACGCAUUUAAACCAUUUUAUCUUUGAUUAAGUUUUUUUCAACUUCCUGAGCGCUCCAAUUUUUUUUAGUUUGUUAAAAUUUUCAACUUACUCGAAAAUAAGAUAUUUUUGGCCUGACGGAAAAAAAUAAUUGGAAGUAUUGUUGAGGACUAAAUUAAUCUUUAGCGCUUGAUUUAAAACUUUUUAAAAGGUAUAUUGUUUUAAAAAGGUAUUUCGAAAUCCUUUUUCGGUUUUUAGCGUGUACCUAAUCCUCGUUAUCUCAAUAUCAAAGAGUGGAAAGGAAAAUUCAGUCGCGUCUUUCGACGUCGCUGUCGUCUGGCGCCCUCUCUCAAAACCGAAAAUGUGAGCCGAUCACGAUUCCAAUGUGCAAGAACCUCGAGUACAACUCCACCGUCUUCCCCAAUCUCCUGGGUCAUCAGACUCAGAGCGACGCUUUUCCCGCCAUCACACAGUUUAACCCCCUCAUAAAGGUUACCCACUGAACUUGCUCCCUGACUUUGAAAAUUGUCUUUUUAGGUUAAAUGCUCUGAAGACAUCCGCUUGUUCCUGUGUACAGUGUGAGUUUGGUGGAAAGUAAUCUAGCAAAUUAUGAUCUUUAUUUAUUGUUUGGUUUAUUUCUGGGAUAUUUAUUUAAUCCUUGAUGACUGCCACCACUUGACAGUUUUUCGGCAAGUUUGUCGGUAUAGACGGCGAUUUUUGCUCUUUUUUUCGUUUUUGAUCUCUCAAGAGAUUUACUGACUAGCUUGAGGUCAAAAUCAGUUGAAGGAAAGGUAGUGAACUUUAGUUGAAAAUGAUUAUUGAAAUCUGUUAUUUACUUUUUUUUUUCACUGUAUUAACGAGAAGGCUGAUUUAAGAUAGAAAACGGAAAAAAUAUGUUCCUGACCGAAAUCGACCGAAAAAAACGAAUUUGAUCUGGAGGAGAACAAUUUUCCAGAAAUUUCUUUGCCCCUUCAGAAAAGUUCUUGGCUAAUCGUAAGAAAAAACAAUUAAAAAAUUUCAAAAUCAAUUCAAAAUUCAUAUGAUUCAUAUUUUGCGUAUGUGAAAUUUUUCGUUAGGGAACUUCCCGACGAAUCCUUUUCCGACGUUUUUUCUCGAUAAACUCUUUUUGAACCUUCUAUAUAAAGUAGGUAGUUGUUUCAUGAUUUAAACACAAAGAAAUAGACAAAAAUGUUGUUAGAAGCUUUAUAAAUGAAAAAAUAUAAGGAAAAAAAUUCGGAAAGGGAUACGUCGGAAAGGUGGCCGUCGGAAAGUUCCGUGGCAAUAUGGAAAAAUCGAAAAAGUCGCCGCUCAAAAAUUCGCUGUCUUUUUUUUCAUACCACCAGAAAAUCAACGCUUCAAAAACUUCGAAAUACCCACAAGUUUCCAAAAUUGAAAAUUUUCAAUCAAUCCGAUAUCGUUUCAAAUAGACGCGAUUGUUUUUAAGGUACGCGCCAGUGUGCACAGUGCUGGAAAAGCCGAUCCAACCAUGCCGAGAACUUUGUCUUUCGGCGAAAAAUGGCUGCGAGAGUCUGAUGAAGAAGUUCGGGUUCAAAUGGCCGGAUCAGCUCGACUGCAACAAGUUCCCCGUCGAUGAUCUCUGCGUCGGCCGCAACAAGUCCGACAGUACUCCCUCUCCUGGGUAUCCUUCAAAUCUAUUCGUUGAUUCCUAGCGGGCAGAAAAUAGGCGGACUGAAAUUUGACCACUGAGAUGGCCCAACAAAUGCAAUUAGGCGAGGAAUGCGCGAAAAACGACAAUUGGAUUGGUGCCAGUUUUGCAAAAUGAGCCCAUUCGCUAGGGGAUGAUGACUCAUCCUCAAGUGAUGCGAGACGAUUUUCAUUUUCCAUUUUUGUUCGAAUAUUUCGAAAGUGUGGAUUUGUAUUAUUUCGAUCGUUUACACGGGAAUCUUCAUAGAGAAGAGGCUAAAAAAGAAAUAAAAUAAAAAAAGUUUGUGCAAAUCGAAUUUUGGUAAGGAAAAAGGCAGUAAAGACAUAAUCAACGACUUGAAAAUCAUUUUUUUUUUCAAGUUUUGAACACUUUGAUUUUUUUAUAAUUCCGCAAUCCGUAGGGCUUUAAAUUCAAAAAAAAAAUUUCUUGAGCUACUUAAUUUUUUGGCUUUGGACCUGAACUCUCAGCGCGCAGCCUUUCUUUAUAUUUGGAAAAAAAGUUGAAGACCAAUGAAAUUUUUUUUGGAAAAUUUUUUUGUGAUCGUGAGAAGUUUCGUAAUCUUGAACUCAGUUCUUAGAAAAAAAUCAAUAUUAGAUUUUUUCCAUAAUAAAUAAAUUUCUUAAGCGGACACUGAAAUGCUUGACUCAAUUCAAACAAGACCAGGAAAUUUCGAUUUUUAGACUGUUCCGCAAGUUUUCUACGAUAAUGAAUGUACAAUAAAAGUCGAAAAAGUACAGAUUUUUUUUUUGGACUUAUUCAUGGAUUGUACUCAGAAACUAUGUUUUUUGAGGAGAAAUUUCAAAAUAAAACUUCAAAUUUCAUAAUGACUCUGUCUUCAACAGAAUCUUUCUUUCGUAAUAUUUUUGAGUAUAUGAGCGAAUUUUCAGUCGCGGUGGAAGUGGGCCAUUCUCGAGCUACGGACUGUCGCAGCCGCACUCGUCGCUGGAAUGUCCGCUGACGAUGCGCGCCACCUCGGGAUCUCACUUCUCGUUGCCGCUCCUCAGCGGUCGUCUGGCCGACUGCAGUCUGCCCUGCGACGCCGACAAUCACGUGGGCGACUGUCUCGAAGCCCUUCUCAACGACGGCUUUCAGGUGCCGAUGUUCUUCGACGCACGCGUCCGCAGACUGAUCAGAUUCUGGACGGGAGCCUGGUCGGUCGCCUGCUGCGUCUGCUCACUUUUCACCUUGCUGACGUUCGUCGUCGACUUGCAGCGCUUCGCCUACCCUGUCAGACCCAUUCUCUACAUGGCUUUUUGCUAUCUCGCCAUCUCCGUCGUCUACAUGAUUGGUGGGUCUUUCCUGCAGAGUCGACAAGAAAAAUCAAAUCAGAAUCUUUCAUUUUUCGGCACAAGAACUUUUUGGACGAGGCAUUGAAUCGACGGUAGAGCUUACAACUAAAUCUUAGAAGCUUUCUCUAUGACCGAAAAUAACUCAACUGAAGUCGAACUCGGGAAUGAAGCUCUAUAUGAUUACUGACUUGUGAACGAGAGCUUUUAAAAGCAUUUUCGAAAGUCUUUGAUUUUUAUAUAUUUUUCGAAAUAAUCAACUCAGACUUGCCUAUUUUUUUAUCUGACUUCUCAUUCGUCUCAUCAAUUAAAUCGAAAUUUUCACAUUCUAGACCAUAGAAAACUCUAUUCGUCGUAGUCAACCUCAUCAAUGUUGCAACCAGAAGAAACUUUGCAGGAGUCGUUGGAGAAGACAGAUUCGCCUGUGGCGCCCACGGAUCGACGCCCUCAGAACUGGUGACCCAAGGCGGCGAAAACGUCGGCUGCAGCGCCCUGGCCGUCGGACACUAUUACUUCUUCAUGGCCAGCAGUGCCUGGUACUCGGAAAAUCACCACAGAUUCAGAUUCCAACCCGAAAUUUCCAGGUGGCUCGUCCUCUGUCUGGCAUGGUUUCUGGCUGCGAACCUCAAGUGGGGAGCCGAGUCGAUCGCGGCUUUGUCGCCCUAUUUCCACGCCUUGUCCUGGGGAGUUCCCGCGGUUCUUUCUGUUGCCGUCUUAGUUACCAAUUCCAUCGAUGGAGAUGUUUUUACCGGUAAGAUUCUUGCUGAAAGGCUUGGAAAUAGAAAUAAAUUUGAAAAUAAAAGAAAGACAUACAGGUUUUCAACAAAAAAUCUUUUCACGUACUUCUUGCUUUUAAAGGGAAACUGUCUCGCAAGUUUUGGAACUUUUGAAAAUUGUAAAAGCCAACAUUUUCAUAGCCAGAAUCCUCACUGUUUGUGAGAUGUUUGAAUUAUUGACCUUUUUUGUUUUAUGUCACAAAAAUCUGGCAGGACUUGAAGUUACGUUGAAAAAACGAUUCGCGCAUCGAGGCACCUUCAUGUGAAGCCCCUACUCUCCUUUAAACACCCCAGCAAAGAAAUUUGAAUAUCCAUUACGGUUUUUUUUACCGCAUUUUUCGUCGAGUAAUCAUAAAAAGAUGAUCUGAUUUUACACAAAAAAGUUGGACAAAAAAAAUUACUUCCAAAUUAUUUAUCGUCUUUUUUAUAGGAGUUUGUUCCGUUGGGAACCUCCAACCGGCCGCCUUGUUCUACUUUUUGUUUGUGCCGAUGACCACGUGUUUAGGUGAGCUUCAAAUAUUUUUCCGCUAUCAGUAGUUUUUUCCUCUCAGCCAUCGGAGUCAUACUUUUGGUGUGCGGUAUCUGGUCAAUGUUACGCAUCCGAAGCUACAUCAAACUGCAACAGGCCGACGUCGAAAGGAACAUUAGCAAGCUCGAGAAACUCAUGUUCAGGUCCGUCUUUCUCCUUCUUGAUCUCCCAUUUUCGGUAAUCAUGCAGAAUAUCGGCGUUCGCUGUGAUGUACGUUUUGCCGACGGCUAUCAACGCCGCCAUUCUCUGCUACCAGUCGAUGAGCGUGCCUGGCUGGCUGGAAGGUAACAGAAAACGAAAUCAUACAUCAGCUGGAUCCUACCCUAGCAUUUUGCGCGCGAAAAAAAAGCCAGUAUUCGAGAAGAAAAUGUGUAAUCGUUGUUUCAGAAUGGCUCCAUCUCCGGUGUAUUCGGCCGGAUCGUGACGUUUUCGGCUUCACACGACCCACGGAGGAUUGUCCGCUCCAUGGAGAAACCAGUGAGCUUGACGUCACGAUUUAUCUCUUGAAGUUAGUCUUCUUUGUUCAUCAUUACAAGAAUUAUGGCGAAGUGAACCUCGCUUUGAUCAUUAUAACGAUUCCAAAGUCAAAAUUGUUGGGAAAUUUUGGAAAUAUAUCCAACCUUGAACUAGUUAUCAGGGAGAAUUUCGAAGACAAAGCUUGCUUCAAAGUGGAUUGCUCAUUAUUUUUUUUUUUUGUUUGAAUCAUCUCACAAAAAGUGUCCAGAUCAAUUUACGGCACUCCCUAGGCGAAAUCGAAUGAAUCGAAAUAUCGUUAAAAAACACGAAAAUCAUUGCGAAAUUAUUCAAUCGCUUCAUUGAUUGUAUCUCUUCAGAUACCUUUCACAACUGAUCGUCGGGAUAACUUGCGCGAUCUGGGUGUGCAGCUCGAAGACGGUGAGCAGCUACCAGCGCGCCUAUGCUCGGCUAGCCCUCACAAGUCGACCCGAGCCCGUUCCGCCGGCCUCCUAA